CAAUAAUUUUAUAUUUUUUCAUUUUCAAAGAGAGAGAAAGAGAAAGAAAAGAAAGAAAGAAGAAGAAGAAUCCAAAAGCAAUCCCAUCUCUUCUGUGUCUUUGCACAUCAGAACUGAAGGGAGAGAGAGAGAGAAACCGCACAAAUCUAUGCACAAUUUCACACCGACAAUACCUAUCUCCAUCUCAUAAAGGAUUGCUUUGGAAUCGGCUUCGUUUCUCUUCAAUUUCAUUUGUGGUGGAUCUAAUUUGAUUAGGUUUUUUUUUUUUUUGGGGGUGGUUCAGACGUUACAUGCAUAUGGGAGCAGUGGUUGUGUUGGAUGCUAUAAAAGGCCCGCACUAGUUACUACUGUGGAAGCACCGUCAAAAGGGGUUAUAAUAGUAGGCAAGACAGCGGAGAAACCUAGUACAUCAGAGGAUUUCUGGACCACCAGCACGCAUGAUAUGGACAACAGUGCUGUUCAAUCUCAAGGAAGUAUAUCUUCAACCAGUCUAACUAACCAAGCUGUGGUUCCUCAUGGCAGUUCUUCCAACAACCCGCCUGAGUUUGUAAAUCAUGGUCUAAUUCUAUGGAAUCAGACUCGACAGCGUUGGGUUGGAAAUAAAAAGUCCGAGAAUCGAACACAACAAUUGCGAGAACCUAAAUUGAGUUGGAAUGCAACAUAUGAAAGUUUACUGACAAGCAACAAGCCAUUCCGUCAGCCUAUCCCCCUUGCUGAAAUGGUAGAUUUCCUUGUGGACGUUUGGGAACAGGAUGGCCUGUAUGACUGAGCCGACGAAGGUUGAGGAAGUGCGGUUUCGUUUAUUCGAUCCUUUAAAUAAUUUUAGAUCUUGCUUCUUUAGAAACAGGAGGAAGGGGAAUGAAUGAAUAGGUUGCAUCUGUAUAUCAAUUGUUAUAUGCCAAAGAGUAAUUUCUCUCAGCAGGUGUUAAGAUAAUUGUAUUAUACUUUAUUUAAUUGAUUGCCCUGGUUUCCUCUCUGGUAUCCAUAAGAGGCAAGUUUUGAAAA